AUGACCAUGCUCAAGCAGUCAUCAACCGGCUUCGUUGCCCCGAGGGCUCGUCCCAAGACGCUGCUCUUCCUGGCCCUCGCCGUCAUCUCCGUCUACUUCCUCGCCACUCGCGGCGCUCCCGCAGGAUACCACGUCGUGCCAUGGAAUCAUGAUAGCACCGGCGCGCCUCCUCCCGCCGCCGAUAAGGCUCCGGCAGAGCCCCCGAAACCCGCUAAGCCCCCCAAGUCGGAGGAGGAGAAGAAGCAAGAGGAGGAAAGAUUGAAGGAGGAAGAGGAGAAGUUGAAGCAGGAGAGGGAAAAGCAUGAGCAGGCUCUCAGAGACGAGUUCGCGGCUGAAUAUGAAGCUGCCAAGAGCCUCCCCGGCAACGACUACAUCUACGGUAACACGCUCAACACCUUGACCAACAAGGAGAACCGCACCACCGAGCACGCCGCCGCCCUUCGCGACGUCGGCGCACAGGACGUCGCCUACACGAACCAGAGGCCCUUCGCCUACAACCCUUACCCUGACUACAACGGCGACGAAUGGAACAAGACGCACCGCGCACCCUAUGUGCCAUGCAUUGGAGCCACCGGCGAGGUCGUCGAGGACCUCUUGGUCUUCAAGGGUCAGCCGUCAAAGUUCCCCGCUACCGGCUUUGGCAGCUUCGACGUUCUGAACAUGGAUGGAAACAUCUGCUACGAGCGCGAUACUCGUCUCGGCCCCUACGGUCUCCAGCCGCAGCUCAGCAAGGCUGGCCUCCGGAUUGAUUGGGAUAACAUCAACUGGGGCGAUCUGCAGGAGAAGUGCGUCGAGAGAAACGCGGCUCGUUUCGACGAUGGCAAGCCCAACGAAUACAUCAAGACCGCAUACCCUGACAUUGCAGAGAAGUACGGCAACGAAAUCGAGGACGUUGAGAAGCGCGGCUUCACCAAGUCCAAGGAGUCCAAGGUCAAGAAGGCGGACACCCGAACAGCUGUCCUCUUGCGAUCCUACACCGGAAAGAAGUACAGCGAAAACGAUAAGCAAGUCAUCCGCGCGCUCAUCUCCGAGCUUUCUCUGCGAUCCGGCGGCGAGUUCCAGGUUUUCCUGUUGCUGCACGUUCGUGAGCAGGAGCUUGAUAUUUUGAACGACGAGGCGACGUACCAGUACGUCCUCAACGAGCACGUGCCUCUCGAGUUCCACGGCAUCACCAAGCUGUGGAACGACAAGGGCGUCUGGGACGUCUACACCGCCCUCACCGACGACAACGAAAGAAGCGUCCACUCCGCCCAGUGGUUGUCUGUGCAGAAGUUCAGCCAGGACCAUCCCGAGUUCGACUUCAUCUGGAACUGGGAGAUGGAUGCCCGCAUCGUCGGCCAUCACUACGACUUCCUCAAGCGCCUCGACGAGUUCGCCAACAAGCAGCCCCGCAGAGGUCUCUGGGAGCGCAAUGAGCGCUACUACAUCCCUGAGUACCACGGCGACUACGACAACGACUUCCGCAAGGACGUUGAGAAGCGCACCCGCGGUAACCAGGUCUGGGGACCUCCCAAGCUGGGCUUUAUCAACCCUGUUGGCCCCAAGCCUCCUGUUGACAACCCCGAGAAGGAUAACUACAAGUGGGGAGUCGGCGAGGAUGCGGAUAUGAUUACUGUCGGCCCCAUUUUCAACCCGAUCAACAGCAGCUGGAUCAUUUCGGACCACAUUUGGGGCUACAGAGACGAGGCUCAUCCUGACCCCGCUAAGACCCUCCCCCGCCGCACCACCAUCGUCACUCAGUCGCGUGUGUCUAAGCGCCUCUUGGACAUCAUGCACGUCGAGAACCUCCGCGGCAACCACAUCGCCUCUGAGAUGACCCCGCAAACCGUCGCCCUUCUCCAUGGCUUCAAGACGGUGUUUGCGCCUCACCCCACCUGGUUCGACCGCCCGUGGAACGGCACCUUCCUCGCGAAGUGGUUCAACCCCGGUCCCCGCGGCGAGAGUGGUGGCGAGGGAUCUCCCAUGGGUUGGGGCCGCGAGCGCAGAUACCAGGGCAUGACCUGGUACUACCGCGCUGAGCCUCCCGCGAGACUGUACAACAACUGGAUCGGAUAUGAGGACACGUCAUACGGAGGCAAGGACUGGGAGCGCACCCACGGUCGCCCCUGCCUGCCGCCCAUGAUUCUCCACCCCAUCAAGGAGGUCAAGCAGACCCCGCGCGGCUUCGCGACCAAGUUUGAGCUGUUCUACGGCUGA